GUGCCAAUCACUGCAAAAAUCCCUUUUGCCCCCAAAAUUUGUUCAGAAUCUGUGAAGACGAAGAAGUUUCUGAAUCAAUGGCUCAAGCAGCGAGACUAAGCAUGAGAAUGCACAAAGAGCUAAAGCUUCUCCUCUCCGAUCCACCUCAUGGCGCUUCGUUUCCACAUCUCUCUUCCGCCGCCUCUGGCUCCGGCGACUUCUCCACUUUCUCCACCAUCGAUGCUCGUCAGUUUCUCUUCAAAUCCUCUUUUGAAUUUUCAAUUUCCUCAUCAAAUUCAGAUCCAUUAACUUUUUUUCCAGAAAUCGAAGGUCCUGAAGAUACUGUAUAUGCUAAUGGAAUCUUCAAUGUGAAGAUUCAAAUCCCUGAGAGAUAUCCAUUUCAGCCUCCAAUUGUGGCAUUUUCUACACCGAUUUAUCACCCAAACAUCGAUAACAGUGGCCGGAUUUGCCUUGAUAUUCUUAAUCUCCCUCCCAAGGGUGCUUGGCAACCAUCGUUGAAUAUCUCGACAGUUUUGACGAGUAUCGGAUUGUUGCUUAGUGAACCGAAUCCGGAUGAUGGAUUGAUGUGUGAAGUAAGCAGGGAGUAUAAAUACAAUAGACAAACUUUCGAUUAUAAAGCACGAGAGAUGACUGAGAAGUAUGCUAAGGUUAAGCCUGAUGGAAGCAGCACCAGCUUCCAAAUUAAGAUUCAUGGAGAUGAGAAGGCUUGUGAAAGUGGAAUUAGUGUUUUAGCUGGUAAUGACGAUGGGAUUGAAUCUUCCUUAAGCAUAGCACAUACAGUGAACCGUGACACUGCAGCGAAAGAUCAACAAGAGGAUAGAAAUGGGAAAAGAAAAGCAGUGAUUGGUUUUGGCGAGGCGAAUUCAUUUGGUAACGAUGUGAUAAAAACGAGCAGGAAGAAGUUAUCUCUUGCCUUGCCUCCUCAAUCUCAAAAGAAGGACUUGUGUGGUGAAGAACUCACAAAUGUAGUUUCGGCUGCUUGCAAAGAAAACAAGAAACCAAAUUCAAAUGGAAAGAAGCUUUCUCUGGGGCUGAAGCAGCCAUUUAAUGAUAACUUGGCCUUCUCGAGUUUUCGAACUUCUGCUGCAAAGAGUGACAACAAUAGACUAAGCAGAAAACUGUCCUUGAGACAACCACUUAGAGAGUUGAAUGAAGUUAGCAAAACCGAGGUACUUGCGCAAACUGAUAUGAAACUGGAAAUGAAUCAAAAUGAAGAUGACAGAAGUUGGCGCGGUGAGUUUGAGAACUCGGGCUUGGAAGAAGCAUCAAUGCCUGAAUCCAUUGUUGUUCUAGACAGUGAUGAUAGUGGACAAGAAGAAGAAGAAACAGUCUCUUUGAGGUCAAGAUUAUCACUACCAAAGAGAAGAGUCCUCAAGUGUAGACCUUGAAAAGUGAUGAAAACUGUUUUUGUUGUUUUUUUUUUUUUUUUAUAUCAAUGUGGAUCAGGUUGCUAUUUAUAAUUAUAACUUAUGAUUAUUAACCUUGAAAUGCA